UCCCACUUAGGAAUUAUGGACAGCUCUAGAUUUGUAUCGGGGCCCAAGCCAGUAGCCAUCACAUCCCCUGGAUCCUUCCUGCCUCCGUAUGCUGUAGUAGUUGGAGUAGUGCUUCAUUUCUUUGUUUAUUGCAUUGCCAUACUUUAUAGCCAUGCAAAGAAGCUAUUUGUCAAAAAGGAUGAGAGCAAAGUAAGGAAACUAGAUGCUCCUCCACACUGUGAACGCCAUUGCUCUAAAGAUGGGCCAGUCAGAAAUGGUCACAUUGGUCAACAACCACCUUCUAUCAACCCAGAGAGACUGAAAGAUUUUGGCGAGGAAGAUUCCCUAAAUGGGGGAGUGAAGACAUGGGAAAUGAAGAUAAUUGGCCGUAAUGAAGAAUUGCUAAGGGACUCAGUCAUCCGCCCAGAUAGGAUUAGCCAACUGGACUACAAUAAAUCUAUUAGGUUUGAAGAUAUCAGCGCAGCCGCUUUCAAAAUUCAGUGUGGAGUGCAGAAAACACCUUGUAUGUAUUCUAGGCUUUCAAAGCAGUAUGGAGUGGACAUAUAUCUAAAAAAAGAGUACCUUCAAUACACCGGAUCUGUGAAAGAACGGGGUGUGCUUUACCUUCUAAUGUCUUUACAACAGGAUCAGCAAAGAAAAGGUGUAAUUGUUGCUUCAGAUAAUAACUUUUCUAUGGCAGUAGCAUACCAUGCCUCGGAGCAUCAGAUUCCUGUGUUUGUCAUCAUGUCCACCAACACCUUGCCAGCUAGAGUUAAAAUGUGUCGUGAAUAUGGGGCCAUGGUCAUUUCCUAUGGCUCUACAACAAGAGAUUCCCAGCUCCAUGCUAGGAGGCUAGCACAAGAAAAUGGUUAUCUGUACCUUGAAGAACAGGACAGUGCCAUCUAUUUAUCAGGCUUGGGGACCACGGGAUUGGAAAUCUAUGAGCAAGUGCCAAAACUGGAUGCAGUGAUACUCCCAGCAGGGGCUCAGUGUGGAUUGUUAGCAGGCUCCGCUGCUGCACUGAAACAUUUGAAUCCACGCAUUGCUGUGAUUGGUGUGGAAUCAGAGGGUUUCCCUGUAUUGCAGCAGUCCUUAAAGACUGGGCGCUCUGUUGAAGACCAGAGCCACAGUAACUGUCAGUUCUACAAAGAUGUGAGUGGACCUUGUUUUGGCACCAACUCCUUGCAGUUGACUGGAAAAUUUGUUGAUAAAGUUGUCACAGUACGGGAACAGGACAUUCUGAUUUCCAUGCUGAGGUUGCUGGAGUAUGAACGUGCCAUUGUCGAUGCUGAAGGAGCCAUUUGUCUUGCGGCACUGGUCUCUGGGAAGCUGUUGGAACUAAAGGGCAAAAGGGUGGCUGUUGCUGUAUGCAGCGGGAACCUGGAGCUUCCUCUGAUGCGGCAAUGCAUAGAUCGUGCUCUGACCCUUGACAACAGAGUGUGCAAAUUCUCCAUCCUGGUCUCCGACUGCCAGGAGAUAUUUCAAAGCUGCUGGAAAUUUUGGCUCGGGAGGAAGUCAGAAUAUUGGACAUCAAACAGGAACACAUGUACAUGGCAUCUGAUUUGUUCACCAGUGAGGUCACCUGCAUUGUAGAGACCAGAGACAAGAUCCACACUGCUCAGCUGAGAAAUGCCCUUGUAGAUCGUUAUCCCAUGAUGACAUGGA